UUCUUUUUCUUUUUUUCUUCUUCUUCUUCUUCUUCUUCUUCCCUCCUUGUUAGUAUCAAGAACAGAGAAGGCUGGAGAAAUUUCUCUGAACAAUUUCAUAAUGCCGCCAUUUUAGCACCUUCCAACUGGGUUUUGUGCUUUGAUUCUCUUUUACAGGAAACUUUUGUCAUUUCAUCUUACGCCGCCGCCGCCAUGUCCGCCAUGUCCGCCAUGUCCACCAAAUCUAAAUCUUCACCUGAAACUCCCAACAAGACAUCCCCUGCAACACCUAGGGUGAGCAGACUGAAUAAAGGGGUAGCUAAACCAGAGUCUGAUUCUCAUUCUCCUUUGCAAAAGUCUCGUCUCUCGGUCGAUCGGUCUCCUCGACCUGCAACUUCGAAGCCUGCAGUCGAUCGUCAACUGCCGAAAGUCGGUACCCCACCUGAUAAAGCACUGCCUCGAGGUACAAAGAUUUCAGAGAUACAAACUCAAUUAAAUGAUGCACAGGAGAAUCUGAAGAAGGCAAAGGAACAAAUAGAUUUGGUUGAAAAAGAGAAAGAAAAGUUGAGCAAUGAAUUGAAAGAUGCUCAAAGAGCAGCAGAUGAGGCAAGCGAGAAACUCAGAGACGCGUUGAUGGCACGAAAGCAAGCUGAAGAGAGUUCCGAGAUUGAAAAGUUCCGAGCUGUUGAGAUCGAGCAAGUAGGACUCGAGGAAGCUCAGAAGAAAGACGAGGAAUGGAAGAAAGAGAUAGAAGCUGUAAGGAGCCAACAGGCAUUGGAUGUUGCUGCUCUUCUCUCUACUAGUCAAGAGCUUCAAAAAGUGAAGAUGGAGUUAGCGAUGACUACCGACGCCAAGAACCAAGCAUUGAGCCAUGCUGAUGAUGCGACGAAGAUCGCUGAGAUUCAUGUCGAGAAGGUCGAGAUUCUCUCAGCUGAGCUUGCGAGAUUAAAAGGAUUGUUAGACUCAAAGCUUGAAUCACAGGCAAAUGAGAGUGGGGAAUUGAUAAUGAAGCUUAAGUCAGAUAUAGCAUCUCUGAAUUUGGAGCUUGAGAAAGCUAAAUCUAUUGCUGAGAGAGUGAAGGACAAAGAGAUCUCCAUCGAGCGACUUAAUCACGAACUAAACAUCGCAAAGAUCGCAAAAACAUCCUAUGAGGAGAUGAUCACGGAGAAAGAAGCGUCCAUUGAACAGCUUAAUGUCGAUCUCGAAGCUGCAAAGAUAGCUGAAACGUACACGCACGGUUUAGUCGAAGAAUGGAAGAACAGAGCUGAGGAGCUAGAAACACAAUUGGAGAAUGCUAAUAAGCUAGAACGAGCAGCAUCGGAGUCUCUACAAUCGAUGAUGAAACAACUCGAGCAAAAUAACGAUCUACUGCAUAACGCGGAGAUCGAGAUUGCUGCUCUAAAAGAGAAAGUUGGUUUGCUGGAAACGACAGUUAAAAGACAAAAAGAGGAUCUAGAAAAAUUAGAACACGAUCUUCAUGUAAGUAAGGAAGAAGCAUCUGAAAUGGAGAAGUUGACUGUGUCAUUAACUUCACAAUUGGAAACUCUCAAGGAAGAGAAAACUCAAGCUUUAAACAAUGAGAAACUUGUAGCUUCCAAUGUACAAAGCUUGUUAGAAGAGAAAACCCGACUCUUAAACGAGCUAGAAACGUCCAAGGACGAGGAAGAGAAGAGCAAAAAGGCGAUGGAGAGCUUAGCGUCGGCAUUGCAUGAAAUCUCCUCCGAGGCCAGGGAAACAAAGGAGAAACUGUUGUCUAGUCGAGCCGAGCAAGAAAACUACGAGUCCGAGAUAGAGAAUCUAAAGAUAGUGUUGAAAGCUACCAACGAGAAACAUGAAAACACGCUUGAAAGUUUGAACCAUGAGAUCGAUAUCUUAACGAGUACGAUUGAGAAAUCGAAGAACGAGCACGAGAAAUCCAAGGCUGAGUGGGAAAAGAAGGAGCUUGAGCUGGUGGAAGCUGUGAAGAAAUCAGAAGCAGAGAACUCUUCAUUGGAGAAGGAAAUAGAUAGGCUUGUGAAUUUGCUUAAACAAACAGAGGACAAUGCUUGUAAGAUGAAGGAAGAAGAAGCUCAGCUCAAGGAUAGCUUGAAGGAAGUCGAAGCCGAGGUUAUUUAUUUGCAGGAAUCGCUCGGGGAAGCGAAAUCCGAAAGCAUGAAACUCAAGGAAAGCUUAUUUGACAAAGAAAACGAGCUGCAAAGCAUUCAUCAAGAGAAUGAGGAGCUUCUAGCAAGGGAAGCUGCUUCUCUUAGAAAGAUUGAGGAGCUAUCCAAGUUGCUCGAGGAAGCUUCAACCAAAAAGAACGAUGAGCCGACGGAUAGCGAGAAGGAUUACAAUUUGCUACCGAAAGUGGUCGAGUACACCGAAGAGAACGGCAAACGAGAUGACGAUAACCCGAAAGUGGAGCUCUCAGUACCCAUUGUAGAAGAAGAACACAAAUUUGAGUUUCCAUUGGUAGAGAAUGAAAAAACAGACUCACCACCAACAACACCACCACCUCGAAAUGGAGACGAGAAAAACGAGAAGGAAGACAAGUCGGUGAAGGUCGAAUACAAAAUGUGGUUCUCACAAGAGGGAGGAGAAGCAGAACACAAAUCCAUGGACAAGGAGGAGGACAACGACUCGAAAGUCGAGAGCAAGGAGAGUUUCGAUCAGACGACGAACGGUGUAAGCACGGAGAGCGUAGAGGAGGGGGGAAACUCGCCGUUAAAGCAGCAGCAGCAGCAACAGAAGAAGAAGAAGGCAUUGUUUAAGAAAAUUGGAUAUCUUCUGAAGAAGAAGAACAAUGUGAAUCAGAAACAGUGAUGAUAUAUAUAUAUAUAUAUAUAGUAGUGUGGGAAGUAUAUGGAUAGUAAUAUAUGGUUAUAUAUAAUGAUUUGCUCUGGUUUUUCUUUUGUUCUUGUUCUUCCAGUGCUGGGCAGAUUGUUGUAUGUUGUUGGGAUAUUUGUUUUGUUCUUUGUUCUUUGUUCUUUGUUUAAUGGCUGCCUUCAUAUCACUA